AUGUCCUGCUACGACCAGUGCCUGCCAUGCCAGCCCUGCGGCCCGACCCCACUGGCCAACAGCUGCAAUGAGCCCUGUGUCAGGCAGUGCCAGGACUCCACCGUCGUCAUCGAGCCUUCCCCGGUGGUGGUGACCCUGCCCGGCCCCAUCCUCAGCUCCUUCCCACAGAACACCGUGGUGGGCUCCUCCACCUCCGCUGCCGUUGGCCGCAUCCUCAGCUGUGACGGAGUGCCCAUCAACUCUGGGGGCUUUGACCUCUCCUGCAUUACCAGCCGCUACUGUGGCAGAAGGUUCCCCCCUGCUAAAGGGGCUGGCAAAGCCCCAGCGACACACCUUGAAGAGCUCCGAAUGUUGUGCUGGCCAGAGGAUUGACACUUUGGAGGUUGUUUUCAGGAUAGCUGAAUAGCUUUGUCAUUCUCUCCAUUUUCUUUGCUUUGGUUCC